UCGUUUUCUUUUCUGUCAAAUCCACCGUGAUCCAAAAUCGGGACAUUGACGCCAUAUUGCCCGACUUUCAAUUACAUACAGUAAAGCGUCGGAUUGGUGAAAUUAGUCGAUGAAGCCAACAUAAUAAUAAGUAAACGUUUAAGCAAUAAUAAUAUUCUUUAGCUAUAAUGUCGGGUGGAAGCAGUAGCAACAGAAAUGAGUGUCGUAUAUAUGUUGGAAACUUACCACCGGACAUAAGGACAAAGGAUAUUCAAGACUUGUUUUACAAGUUCGGAAAAGUAACGUUCGUUGACCUAAAGAACAGAAAAGGUCCGCCAUUCGCGUUCGUGGAAUUUGAGGAUCCCAGAGAUGCAGAUGAUGCAGUAAGAGCCAGGGAUGGUUACGACUAUGAUGGGUACCGUCUUCGAGUCGAGUUCCCUCGUGGAGGUGGAGGUGGAGGCUCUCGUGGUUCUCGAGGCGGUGGUGACCGUUGGGGUGGACGAGGGGCAGCACGUGGUCCGCCCGCUCGACGCUCUGAAUACCGCGUGCUCGUUACCGGCUUACCGCCCUCGGGUUCCUGGCAGGACCUCAAAGACCAUAUGCGAGAGGCCGGCGACGUAUGCUUUGCAGACACCUUUAAAGAUGGAUCUGGUGUUGUGGAAUUUUUGAGGCAUGAAGAUAUGAAGUAUGCUGUUAAAAAGUUAGAUGAUUCUAGAUUUAGGAGUCAUGAGGGUGAGGUGACAUAUAUACGUGUGAAGGAAGACUAUGGCGGUGGCGGCGGCGGCGGUGGUGGCGGCGGCGGCGGUGACAGGUCUCGGUCAUACUCCCCGCGGCGUCGCGGCACCCCAACCUACUCCCCGGUGCGACGCUCCUACUCGCGCUCGCGCUCACGCUCCCGUUCGCGGUCACAUAACUACUGACUCCCACAAGCCGUAGAGGUCAGUGACACGCGCCGAGAGGUCAUCGCCCCCGGUGCCGCCGCGACUCCCAGCUGUUUGUAGUUCAUAAGCCCUCCCACUUGUAUACAAACAAACAUUCACGUUCAAAUGCAAAAAUUACAUGUUAGCUCUCACUGUAUCUUUGGAGACUGUUUUGAGAUGAAUUUCGUCGGUACUGCUUUUCAUACUGUAAUGUCCUACAAAUUGUGCAAUGAUUAUUAAAUUGGGAAUUGAUAACUAACUGUAGGGUAUGAGCUAAUAUUACGCGAGUUCACUUGUACAGUGAGGCUACAAACCUUAGGACCAUGUUUUUGUUCAAACAAGACUUGAGACAUAAUAUUUUUUAAUUUAUUUAUGAAAAUGUAAAGUAUAAUAGAUUCAGAUGCAUAGGGAAGAAAUGAAUUUUAAAUAAUGAAAAUGUAAUACUCAUGCUAAAUUGGAUAUGGGCAAAAUUAAAGGGAUACUUCAAUUUUCCAAAGUUGUAAGCAAUUUUAUAUUUGACCAACAGUUAGUUGUGUAUGUAUAUCAUAUCGUCUUUAAUUCACACAAAGGUGUUUGUUCUCUUUAAAUCCAAAAACCUCAAAUUUUUUGUUUUGUUAGACAAUUUUGAAUCUUUAUUUAUAAUUUGCUUUUGUUUUUUUAAAGUCUCAAAACAGGUUUUAUCCAAAGCAUUCUCUAAAUUCUACUAAUUGGAUGAUGAGUUAACAAUACAAUUUUUUUAUAAAAAAUGUGUCAAUAAUCAGAAUAUUGACAUUGACGAUUUUAAAACUUCACAGUAGAAACUCAUGACUUGUGUAAAAAUAUAUUUCACAAAGACUAUUGUUUAGGAAUUUUUGCUUUUGAACGUGCCUUUCAAUACUUUGUUUCGUUGACUGUUUUAAUUUUAAAAAUUUAUUUUAUGAAUUGGUGAUGGUCUCAAAAUUGUAAUGUAUUAGAUAUUAGAGCAAACACCCGCGAGUUUGCGACUGAACCACUCUGAUGGAAACCAUUAUACAUUUUCAAUAUAAUCUUUCACGAUUCCAUCCAUAUAUAAAUAUCUCUUUUAAAUAAUUCAUUGUAAAGGUGAUUUUUUAUUAAAAUUGUGAAAUUAAAAAAAUAGUCCACGAGGCACAGCGUUGUUGACACUGACACCGUAGUAAUGUAUAAUAAGACAGAAGGUUUGACAUGUAUAAUUAAAGUAAUUUUCUUUUGUUUCAUCGACUUUGGAUCGUUGGAUGUGCUUGGAUGGGAUCGUUGGAGGUGUGAGUCAGGAUCGGAACACGGAUGUUAGUGUCGCGGGCUGUAGGACACGACCGGGGGCCUGUGUGUCGCACUGGACGGAUCAGGACCGCUGGACGCGCCGGGUAUGACGUUAUGAUUCCUUGCCAAAAUAACUUAUGUUGAGUGCACGCGAACGUACCGACCUACAUGAUGUUUGAAUCCUUCACUCACUUUAUUUGCUUUCACCUCGACGCCCCGUCGGCGGCGGCGGACCCUCUGACACACGCUUCUGUGCUGCGGACGAGAGAGAGUUGGACGCCUGGGAGGUCGGAAUGAUUGAUACGGCAACGGAAUUGUGUAAUAAUGCCUUUGUCUGGUCUUACAUAUAUAUAGGUUUAAUGAUUAUUUUGGUUUAUAAUGUAAUUUAGUUAUUGGAUCUGCAUUCCAAAGACCAACCACAGUUUGAUGGACUUAAUAAAUCACUGGAAAU